AUGUCUCGAAAUCAUGGCAUGCCCAAUAUUUGGCCCGGGUAUGAUCCAAACGCAUACCCACCGCAGGACAAUUCGCCUCAAUAUGAUAGGAACGGUAUGAUGAUGCAGAACGGUGCAAGCGUGCAACAAUACCAGAUGGGAGGAGCUAUGCAGCAGGAUCAAAGAUCGUAUUGGAAUCCAAAUGUUCAACUUCCAUACAAUAUGCCCGCGACUGGAUAUGCGCCCGACAAUUUUCAUACGGCUCCAUCCACCGCGUCGCAGUAUUAUCAACCUCAACCUCAACCUCAACCUCAACCUCAACCUCAAGUUCAGGUUCAGGUUCAAAUCCCACAACCCAUUCAGCAACAAUAUCCUCUCAAUCAACGCGCCCCACAACAUCGCAUACUACCUCAGUCAAACAUGCCAAUGGAGCAAACAAAUCCUCAAGUAGCCCACACGAAACCCCCGACGCAACUUGAUUAUCCUCUACUUUUGAUCUCGCUGGCAGAGGAGUAUUUCGGCGCAGCGCAUGAACUUGCACCAGCAGUUGCGAUCGCCGUGACGGAAGAAAACGUUCACGCAUAUCACAAACUGAUUACUAUGGGAUUGGAAUGUUUGACUAUUGCUUUGAAGCAAUUGAAGCUUCCUGCAAGAUUGGAGGCUAAAGUUCGACUGCGGAUUGCCGGGAUUAUAUACGAAGAGACGAACAACUAUGCAGAGGCAGAGACCAUGCUUAGUCAAGGCAUAAUACUUUGCGAAAGAAAUCACUACUACGACCUCAAAUAUGUAAUGCAGUUCUUAUUCGCUCGGUUGAUGUUCGAGAAGAAUCCAAAAGCAGCCAUGAAAACACUUGACAGCCAUAUCUCCGAUGCGCAGGCCUAUCAACACAAUUCUUGGGUCUAUGUAUUCCGAUUUCUCAGAGCUUCACAUGCUUUGCAAUUAAGGACCCCAACAGAUAAUCAUGCAGCCAUACAAAACAUUCGGGGCAUUGCAACCCUUGCAAACCAACAGGGAGAUCGUUCUGUUUACAUUGUUGCAUCUCUUAUGGAAGCUAUUGCCCACUUGAAGUCCGCCGGAGUAGAUGGAAUUGAGCAUGUUCAACGAGCUAUUGCUGCUGCACGAACCUAUCAGCUUGAUAACAGAAGCAGCAUACCUCAGCUUAUUGGUCUUACUCAUAUCCUUGAUGUUAUUUGUAGUAUACUUCGUGGAGAUCCAGCUCAGAUGCUGAGUACUUUGAGGGCAAUGCAGAUGGUUAUGGAUGAUUUAUUAAAAAACACGGCAUGGAGCAUCGAAAAUGACACCCUGACUAUACCUAUAGACGGCGUUCACAAAGUCAAAAAUCUCAUUAGUCAAGAUACCCGAAAUGUUUUGAGUACAAGGGAAGAUGGACGAGGCCAGAUCGUCAUGUCAUUUUUGAAUAAGAGAGAUGCAUAUGCCUUAACUUAUCUACUAUCAGGAAUAGUUUUAAUGCACAAAAAUCCCCUCGAUCAAAAAGCCGUAAGAUUUCUCAAAGAAGGUCUAGGCAGAAUUAUAGGAGAUGAAUUUCGAGCAUCCAGAGUCUCCCCUGGUCUAUUGUCCGAGAUCGUCGCCAAACAACAGUGGCGUGGCCACAUUCUAUGUUAUUUGCACAUAUACAUGGCAUUCUGUUGCGCUGCUGUAGGUAAUUGGUCACAAGUAAAAGAGUCUUUGGCUUGUAUAACAGCUGCUGCAGAAAGGUUUGAAAUUCCUUUGUCAGGGCGACUAGGAACUCUUACUUUUUAUCUCGAGGGGGUCUAUUUUCAGGGAACUGGAGAUUUGAAGGCUGCUUUGAAAGUCUUCCAGCAUGAGACAUUUCAAUUGUACGAUUUGUCCUCCGAAGAUCAGGUUGAGCGUGAUGUUGCAAUUCUUGCCGCUCUUAAUGUCCUCUCGAUUCUACAAGAUGAAAUUUGGCAAGAUCCCAUCGAGAAUGUUACCCUUAUUUCGAAACUCGAGCCAUAUUGCGUCAAUCAUCCUACCAAAGAUAUCCAGACAGCAUUUUCAAUACUUAGGGCAACUGUCAAGACCGGAAAUUCCGCCAUGAUUCACGAGACUAAAAAUCACUUGUCUGCGGCUUUAGCUAAGGCAAAGGCUUCGCACAACACGCAAUUCUUAUGUCUUGUCCUUAACAUCAUGUGCAGUAAAUUCUUCAAUAACUGUCUAGGGGAUCAAGCAGAAAAGAGUGCCUUAGCUGCACUAAAGCAAGCUAAUCAUAGCAAGAACAAGUUGUGGGUUUCUGUUGCCGAGGGGUUAUUAGCCCAAUUCUAUGACAUCUCUGGAAAGAGAAAUGAGGCUCAGGCGACCUUUGAAGAAGCUUGUGCUGUAGCACACGAAGCUUUACCAGGACAUUAA